AUGGCAUUUCAGGAAAAUGGUUCUUUCAUUCAAUGUGGUUCAUACAUCAAUGUAUACAUCUGUCUUCGGUAUUGUCCUCUGUGGUUGACUGUGAUUGCUCUAUGGAUUAUGGUUCUGCUGGUUCUGCUUUCUGCUGGGUUUUCUCUUGCACCUGUGGUGGCCCUUCAAGGCGGUGCUGUUGCACCAGGCUCAGCAGUUUCAUGGGAAGGCUUGGGACUACCUUCCCUGGGCUAUCCUCUUUUCUUCCCUCUUGCGCUUCAUGGUGGACUCUUUGGAUUUGCCUGUUUGUUACCAUUUGCCUGUUCAUGUGUUGCUUUAUAG